ACAUUUUAAGUAAAUUACAAUCAUUUCCCUUCCAUCAUAUUCACGACCUCAUCACGACCUCUUCAUGGCAGAUCUCCCAAAUCUUCUCCUUGCUUCACUCAAUCCGACGACUAGGAAGCAGGCAGAACAGAAUCUGAACGCGUUGAGCGAGCAACCAGGCUUUCUUCCGCAUCUCCUACAACUUGUCCUGGAUCAAUCUGCAGAUCGCGCCGUUCGUCUUUCAGCAAGUGUUUACCUCAAAAAUCUCGUCAAACUGCGGUGGGAGGAGGAUGUUCAACCGAUCUCAGAGCAGGAUAAAAUGGCCCUAAGAGGUCAGCUAGUGCCCGCGAUGCUCGCGCUCUCCAGCCCUGCAGACAAGUCUAUACGCGCUCAAAUGGCAGAAUCAGUGGCCCUCGUCGCUGAGCUCGACUUCCCUGUAAAGUGGCCAGACUUGAUUGAUCAACUAGUGGCAUCGCUGAAUACAACGAAUUCCAACACUAUUCUCGGCGUUCUCCAUACUGCCCAUUCUAUAUUUCAACCGUGGCGCGCUCAUGUUCGUUCCGAUCAGCUAUUCACAGAAAUCAACCUCGUUUUCGAAAAGCUUAUGUCACCUUUCCUCAACCUAUUCAGACAAGUCGCAACGACACUCGUCAAAAACCCAAAUUUUGCGUCCACUCCCAAAGAGGAGAAAGCUAUUCUCACUCAAUGCAUGAUUUUGCUCGUGGAGAUAUAUCACGACUUUACAUGUCAGGAUAUUCCGCCCGCGAUAGAAGACUCUCACAAUGAAUUUUUCGCAGGAACUGGGUGGUUCCCUAUGUUCCUGGAGUGGGAUCCUGACGAGCUUCGAACCGAUCCCGACGAAUUGACCCCAUCGUUACCUUCGCAACUCAAAAAAGCUCUUUUGGAGGUGGUGGAGCUAUUUGUCAAACUUUACCCUGAGCAACUGCAGUCUUCCGCUGCCAUCCCGACACUUGUGCAAUCUGUCUGGUCUUUAAUACGGUCCGACAAAGUAGAGAACGUCUCUGAUGAUCCCCUUGUCUCACAAUCCUUGCGUUUCCUCUCAACUGCAAUUCGCUCCGGUCAUUACACCCAACUCUUUACAACUCCAGAGACGAUAUCGACCUUGGUCGAAGGCGUAGUCAUACCUAAUGUCUACCUGAGGCAGCACGAAUUAGAGCAGUUUGAGGACGAUCCAUUAGAAUUCAUACGGCUGGACCUGUCUCUCGGCGUCGUGGGAGGCGGUGCUGCUGGCAUGGGUGUUUCCAACGACGGUGUUACUCGUCGUCAAGCCGCUGCCGACGUUGUAAAGGCUUUGGUCGGCACUGGCGACGGUGAAGGCGAGAAGAUUACCACGGAAGUGGUCGGGAAAUGGAUUGGUAAAGGAUUGGACGGUUACAAAACUGCCGGGCAAGGACAGGACAGCGAGGGCUGGAAGCACAAGGAUAGCGCUAUCUAUUUACUCACUGCUCUCGCGACAAGAGGUGGAACCAGCCAGCAUGGUGUCACCUCUACGAACGCACUCGUGGACGUCGUCAAAUUUUUCUCGGAUCAUGUAUUCCAGGAUCUCCAGGUGGAGAACUCUGGAUCUGUGCACCCGAUUCUGCAAGUCGAUGCAAUUAGGUUCUUAUAUACGUUCAGAAAUCAGUUGACAAAAUCCCAACUUCUCGGUGUUCUUCCACUACUCGCGCGGCACUUGGAAUCCGACAACUAUGUCACAUAUACAUAUGCGGCGAUUGCAAUUGAACGGGUAUUGGCCAUUCGGGGUUCAGGUACUGGACAAAGUCAAAUGCUGUUCACAUACUCCGAUAUACACGAUUUCGCCUCUGGUCUUAUCAAUGCACUUCUUUCCAAGAUUGAAGGGUCAGCGACGCCAGAAAAGGCGGCAGAAAAUGAUCAUCUCAUGAAAUGCAUCAUGCGCAUUAUCGUCACCGCCCGUCAGACCCUGACCCCCGGAUACGAACCUUUGCUCAAUAGACUGGUAGCAAUCGUCGCGGUUAUCUCAAGGAACCCGAGCAAUCCCAAAUUCGAUCAAUAUAUUUUCGAAAGCAUUUCCGCUUUAAUGAGAUUUGUAGUGAACAGAUCGAACAACACGCUGAAUGUUUUCGAGCAGCAGCUGUUUGGGCAAUUUACCAAUAUCCUUCAAAACGAUAUCGAACAGUACAUUCCCUACACAUUCCAAAUCCUUGCACAGAUGCUAUCACUCCACGAUGUGAACACCAUCCCCGGUCCAUAUGAAUCAUUGUUAUCUUUCCUUCUCAGACCAUCUGUCUGGGCUCAAAAGGGAAGUAUUCCCGGUCUAGUCAGAUUGCUCAAGGCGUAUCUGAGGAGAGAUGUCAAAAAAAUGGUAGCGAAUGGACAGCUGGCAAGUAUUCUUGGAUUGGUACAACAGAGACUGAUACCAUCCAAAAUUAACGAUGUCUGGGGCAUCGAAUUGCUGAUGGCUGUUGUGACUUACGUAGAUCCAAAUGAUUUGAACCAGUUCUUCCGACCGAUCCUCAUGACAUUGCUUACAAGGAUGCAUACGAGUAAAACAGAUAACUUCGUCUAUCUGUUCUCCAAAUUCUUGCUGUACACCAUGGCAUUGAACGUGGAAGGUCUUGGUCCGGACUAUGUUAUCAGUGGAGUUGAAGGAAUUCAAUCUGGACUCUGGUUGCAAAUUGUUAAUAACUUUGUUAUAACUCAGUUCGACAAAAUUACUCCAAAGGAUAAGAAACUAGCCGAGGUGGGGAUGGUAAGGAUGUUAUUUAGGAGUGAGAGCUUCCUCCAAUCGCCGUCUGUACAGGCAUGGCCAAUAGCAUUCACAUCCCUCAUUAAGCUCUUUGGACCGGUAAAUAACUUGAAGGAUGUUAAGUCAUCCGGACCAAGCGGCGACGACGACGACGCCUUUGUAGCAAUGACCGCUAUUGAUGAAGAGGAACAGAGUGCUGGUUAUCAAGCUGCAUAUUCGAGACUGGCGGCAGCAGAAUCUUCGGAGACGGACCCUCUCUCGUAUGUGACCGACACUCAGAAGUUUCUGGGGGAGGAAAUGGUGAGGUUUUCAAAGUCGGAUGGUGGGGUCAGGCUGAAGACGCUGUUGGCACAAGUGGAUCCAAAUGUCGCAGGGCCUGUCGUGCAGAGCCUCGCAGGUGCCGGGUAUUCGAUAUAAAAAGUAUACACCCCAAGUACUUCAUAAUCUCAAUCAAGCGGCAAGACAAAGCGGCUUUCUGAUUGGCUGCUUACCGCCUACACGUGCUUACUCAACGCCGAACAAGUCAUGAUUAGCUAUCUUAGUUCGCCAGCCCUUUUUAGUAAAAGGCACAACGCAUCGGUCCGAUAAGCAUAAUGUCCGACAACGCC